AUGGAGUUGGGCGCGCGAUUUCUGGUGCAGGAUCACUUGAACUACGACGUGCUUCUGGGGACCUCAUCCAUGAAGAAAGUCAACGGGGUGAUAAACUUCCCAAAAGGGAGGUUUGAAUUCCAACUCUCCCAUAGUCACAAAAUUGUCUCGCUAAAUCUUAUAAUGCCGCCAAAGCGGGGUCGAGUGCUUUCCCAGGUCCAGAUGAUGACUCUGCCAGAGUCGGCCGGAAAGGAGCCCCGAAAAGACGCCCGGUACGACUCCAGCGAGGGGAUCCCUGAGCUUCCGCAGGUGGCCAUCGCUGAGAACUUACAGCGGAGACGAAUUAAAGGGAUACCCGAAGGCAUCCACCCUGAAUGCUGGCGCAGGUAUACAAUUACGCAAGCGGGGCCGCCCACUUAUUACUACCCCGGCUGUGCAGAAGAUGACUCCGACUCUGGAGGAGGGGAAUCGGACGCCGAAGGAACGGAAACGCAGGAGAGCGACCCCGACGAAGAAGACGCCGGGAUGCCCGGGCUGCUACCCCCGGACGAAGGACCCCCGGAGCCGCCGCAGGUUACUGACGACACCGUGACGUCAGCCCUCGCUUUCUCCGCUCUAACGACGGAGCGCCAAGCCGGCGAGGCAACCCUCCCAAGCGCGCCUCUGAUGCAGGAGGAAUGCGCCGUACGAAUCACCUUCGCGGAAAGCGGGGACGAACAGGACUCCUUGGGCUUUUCUGACUGCGACGAAAGCGCAGAGGAAGAGUGGCAUGAGUCAGCACUCUUGUCCUGGAUGGCAGAAGCUCGGGCAGAGGAAACAGACCUUCCCACGUUGGCGGAGGUCUUGGACAAUUUUGUUGCCCUUAACAUCAUCCUGCCCAGCGCUCCCUGGACCAAUGGUCGGGCGGAGGGACCGGGCCACGAAGAAACACAUCGAUCAGGUGCUUACAUCAGCAAUCCGGACGGCGAACAAGUGGACUCCGAUGACGACGUCCCCGACUUGGUCUCCUACGCAGAGGAGGAAGAGGACGAGACGGGUGACACGGACUCUGAGGUCGCUCCCCCGACCGUGGCGCGGGCGCCCCUGGCGCCGCCCAUCCGCCGGGGCAAACUUAGAUUCCGCUCGGACAUGGCGCUCAUGGGCACAACUGCGUUCACCCAACUCUGCUAUAUGGACGACACCGUCUCCUGGCUGGAGCAAUUCCAGGAUCCGGAGGAAAACUUUCCGGCAGAUACGGAGCCCCUGUGUUCCCCGACCCGACCGUUCAGAAACGAGCCCCCGGACGAACCCAACCGGGGCAUCGUACUCUCUUCUCCGCAGGAGGUCCGCCGCUUCUUCGACGAAAUGGUGCAGCAGAUCUUGUUAGUCGAAGCGAAAGUGGAAGCAGGUGACGCCCACGAAAGGGAGAGGACAAAUGAUUGGGGGGAGGACAUUUUUGGAUUCGAGCUUCCGCAGGUCCGAAAAGCCACGGACUGCCCCGUGGUCGAGGCGAAACCGCUCCCCCGAUUGCCCCCAGAGGAGCAGUGGCAGGCCGUCCUGCCUCAACUACAGAUAGCAGAAAGUCUGACUCCGGAGCAAAAGAAGGAGCUGCUUGACGUCCGUAAGCGUCACCCUCACGCCUUCUCCAAAGAUCCAUCCGAUUUGGGGUUGGUAAAGGGGUACACUCACAGGAUCGACACCGGGGACAUCAAACCCAUUCGGGAAGGCCCCCAAAAUCACAGUCCUUUUGAAAAAGAUGAAAGUGACAGGCAGAUGACACCUAUGGAGGAUUACAACGUAGUCCGCAGGUCAAGCAGCCCCUAUGCAGCGGCUGUCGUGCUGGCACGAAAGAAAGGGGGCAAGUGGCGCUUCUGCGUCGACUACAGGAAAAUCAACCUGGCGACUGUACCAAAUCGGUACCCCUUGCCGCGCAUCAACUCCAUCUUCGACAAGUUGGGGCGAGCGACUUACUUUACUUCGCUCGACGCGCAGGCAGGGUACUGGCAGAUUCGGCUGCACCCGGAGGAUGUUCAAAAGACGGCGUUUCUUACCCACCGCGGCCUGUUCGAAUUCCUCCGGAUGCCAUUCGGCCUGACCGGAGCUCCAGGGACUUAUCAAAUGGUCAUGGACCAAACCCUGCAGGAGGAAAUCAGCGGGCCCAAGCCCUGCGUGACAGAGUACCUGGACGACACUCUGCUAUACUCCGACGACUUUGCGGAGCACCUUUCUGCGCUAGACACCGUCCUGACAAAGCUAGAGGCCAUCGACCUUAAGCUCUGCCCGAGCAAGUGCCACUUUGGCGCCAGCGAAACAGAACAUCUCGGGCACCUUAUCCGGCACAAUCAACUCUUGCCCACGCCGGAAAAGGUUCGCGCAAUUCGGGAUUGUUACGAACCAAUCAACCCUACGGAGAUUGAAAGCUUCCUAGGGAUGUUGGGCUAUAACAGGAUUUUCGUCCCCCGGUUCGCACAGCUGGCCAAGCCGCUUCACGACCUGACGAAAAUCGGAGUUCCCUUCGCCUGGGGCCCGCACCAAGCGGUUUCUCUGUGCGAAGUCGCCCGGGACGUCGACUUUAGCGAGGGGAUGGAAUAA